AUGAAAGGUUUCCUUCAAGCUUUUGUUUUCUUAGCUUUGGCUUCUUCAUUUGCCUCUGCUUUUGACCCCAGUCCACUUCAGGACUUCUGUGUUGCCGUCGAUGAUCCCUUGAGCGGUGUGUUUGUGAAUGGGAAGUUUUGCAAGGACCCCAAGCUCGCCAAAGCAGAGGAUUUCUCCUUUUCAGUUAUAAAGCCUGGAGACACAAACAAUGCAGUUGGUUCAAAUGUCACCACUGUAAAUGUAGAUCAAAUUCCAGGAUUUAACACUCUUGGCAUUUCAGCAGUCCGUAUUGACUAUGCACCUUAUGGCCAAAACGCACCUCACACUCACCCUCGUGCCACUGAGAUUCUUGUUGUCCUAGAGGGUACUCUACUUGUUGGUUUCGUCACUUCCAAUCCAAAUAGCACACUUAUCAGCAAAGUUCUUAACAAGGGUGACAUUUUUGUGUUUCCCAUUGGUCUCAUUCAUUUCCAAUUCAAUAUCGGAAAAACAAAUGCUCUUGCCUUUGCUGGUUUGAGCAGCCAGAACCCUGGUGUCAUUACUAUUGCCAACGCGGUAUUUGGAUCAAAUCCUCCCAUUGAACCAAAUUUUCUGGCUAAGGCCUUCAUGUUGGACGUGAACGUGGUGAAAGAUCUUCAGAAAAAGUUCUAG